AUGGCUUCAGCACCACCAGCACUCUGUUUUAACGAAAUAUUCAAAUAUCUACGUGGUGAUAUUUCUUCGCUGCAUUCUUGUGCUCUGGUAAACCAUCACUGGUCAGAGUACGCCAUUCCGGAACUAUGGCGCGAUCCAUUCGUUGUCACUAAAUUUAAAAGUCGUCGUACCAAACUUAUUUAUUCGCUAUUACCUUUUCUUUAUCAUAAUGACAAACAUCAAUUCGCUCCAUCUGCUCUUUAUAGAUCCCCCUGCUAUCACUACUUGUCUUAUAUGAGAAAUUUUAGCUUCUCAGGACUUAUCAAGAUUAGCAAGGGCAUUGCACGUGAAGUAGUACCCGAAAAUUACAAGAAAAGU